AUGGGUGAAAAAGCAGCUCCAAUCGGCUUUACACCGCGUCCAUCAAGCCCUGAUGGCAGCCAGAUCAACAAGCAAACGCAUGCAUCUGAGGCGCGCCUUGGUCACGCCCAUUUUGAUACGGAAAAGCUCGACAAGACGCUGACUCGUAUGCGGUCGGAUGGCAAGAUCGAGAUUACCGAGGAUGACUGCUACGACGAGCUCGGCUUCAGCUUCCCCACUUGGAAGAAGUGGAUGAUUCUUACGAUUAUCUUCUGGAUUCAAGUGUCAAUGAACUUCAAUACUUCACUUUACUCGAACGGUAUCAGCGGCAUCUCUGAAGAGUUCAAAGUCAGUCUGCAAGCGGCACGAUGUGGUGCCAUGAUCUUCCUUGUUGCCUAUGCGUUUGGUUGCGAGCUCUGGGCUCCGUGGUCCGAAGAAGUAGGACGAAAGCCUAUUUUGCAGCUCAGUCUGUUCUUGGUCAACAUCUGGCAGCUCCCUGUCGCUCUCGCGCCCAACUUUGCCUCGAUCAUGGUGGGUCGAUUCCUUGGUGGUCUGUCUUCAGCUGGUGGCUCAGUCACCCUGGGUAUGAUUGCCGAUAUGUGGGACGCUGAUACGCAACAGUACGCUGUAGCCUAUGUCGUCUUUUCCUCUGUGGGAGGCUCUGUCCUGGGCCCUGUCGUUGGUGGCUUUGUCGAGGCUAACCUGAACUGGCGAUGGACCAUCUGGAUUCAGCUUAUAUUUGGAGGGUUUGUUCAGAUUGCUCAUCUUUUGCUCGUACCUGAAACUCGGUCCACCAUCAUGAUGGAUCGCAUCGCAAAGAAGUGGCGCAAGUCGGGCAAGAACCCCAACAUCUAUGGACCUAACGAACUUCGAACUUUUAAGGAGCGUUUCUCUGCCAAGGAGAUUCUCGUCACCUGGAUCCGACCUUUCCACAUGUUUUUAACCGAGCCGAUCGUCUUGACACUUUCUCUCCUCUCCGGUUUCAGUGACGCACUCAUCUUUAUCUUCCUGCAGUCGUUCUCGCUGGUAUACAAGCAGUGGAACUUUGGCACUGUCGCAGUUGGCCUCUCAUUCUUGCCGCUGCUGGUGGGAUACUUUGUUGGCUAUGCCAUCUACAUUGUCGCCAUCCGGCAUCAGAAAAAGAUGAGGGCGGCGAGGCCCGACAGCGAGCAUGCACAAUUUGAGUCGCGUCUUUAUUGGCUUUUGUUCGUGGCACCUCUCCUGCCGAUAGGACUUAUUGGGUUUGCUUGGACGUCAGUCGGGCCUCCUGUUCACUGGAUGGGCACCAUGGUAUUCUCUGCUUGCAUCGGCGUAGCUAACCUGGGCGUCUAUGCGGCCUCAAUAGACUACAUGCUUGCAGCCUACGGACCUUACUCUGCCUCGGCGACAGGAGGCAACGGCUGGAGUCGAGACUUUCUCGCGGGCGUGUUGACGGUACCGGCCACGCCAUUCUACACUAACAUUGGCCGAUCCAAAGGACGUAACUUGGAGUACGCCUCGACGAUCCUGUUCUGCAUUGCUACAGUGCUGGUAGCAGCUGUGUAUGUGAUUUACUGGAAGGGACCAGUGCUACGCAAACGAUCGCCCUUCGCACAGCAGCUCGACGCCGAGCGCAAAGGUGCUCCUGAACGCGAUGGUCACAAGGAACGACUGACGGGAGCGCACAAGCGACCUGUGACUGGUUUGGGCUCCCGUCAGAAUUCGUACUACACAUCACGAAACGCAGCUUCUCGCAAUGCCUCACGCAACGCUUCGCGAAAUGUGUCAAGGACCAACUCGCUGUCGGGCGAUAGCAGUAGCGCUGAGGUGCCUGGCAGAACAGUGUAA